UAUUCUGCUUUCACAGAUCGGUUUUCAUCCUGAAUCAAACCAAUUUGAGGUCCCCCGGGCUCACUUCCACCCGACACACUUUUGAGCUGGUCCCGUUCCUGCCCUGGCUAGGUGUGGACUUCUUGCAGGAGCUUAGCCAAUCACAGCUGCUGCCUCACUUCUCUGAAUUGGCCACUGUGUCAUUCACCCCUACACAGGCUAGUGUAAUCCUGGACAAGAUGUCUUCAAGCUAUACUACGGCCCCGGCGGGUCUUCAGGCGCUGGGCACGCUGGUGGUGGGGCUGAAGGUGGAGAUGGUGCGGACCCUCCCAGCCGACACGCUGCUCUCCUCCCUGCCUGGCAUGGCCCAGAACAAGGCAGCGCUCAGACCACCCCUGGCCAACGCCAUCUCAACCAAACUCUGGGGCUAUCCUGAUGUGGUGAACCGGCUACUGAAUGUUGCCCCUCUCCUGUCCAUCACUCCUCUGCUCAGCGUGCUUCCCCACACAACUCCACUAAUAGCAAACAGCACAUACACCACCACACAGCCCUGGAACACACAGCAGGCCAAGGCAUUAUUCAGAAAAGUGAUGGAAUCCCAGCCAAACCUCACCAAAGAACGCUUCCUGAACAUUGGGACGGUGGGUCAAGGUGUGAGCUGCCCGGUGCUCCGGAGACUCAUCGCGGGGUCAUCCAUUUCCCUGCUGAGAGAUAUCCUUCACUUCCUGCAAGAGCAGCCGACUCUCCUUCACACGUCACUGAAAAACUGUCUGAUAAAUGAGCUGUACCGUUUUGAGUUCUUCUCUGAGCUGCUAGUGGACAUGGGAGCAGAGAUUGCUCUGGCCCUGCCGGUGAGCACAGUCAGGAUGUUCCCUGCAGACAUGAUGGACACUCUGAGGACCAUGAUUGUCCAGGACCCCAGGUCCUUCCUCCAGCUGCCCAGGGUCAAGCAGGAGCUGCUGGUUGACAAGCUGACCCAGAGACUGGGCAUGUACACGGGGGAGUACACAGAGAUGGAGUUCCACUCUCUGGGUGUCAUGGCCACGUUUGUGGUGGACGAGGUGUUUGUGCAGCUGAGGCGCAGCGUCUUCCUCAACAACCUGGAGCUUCUGCAGGGAUUCUGCUACAGCGCCACCAAGAGGUUGCAGGUGGCAGCCAUGUUGCAGGAGCCAGCGGUCUUCGGCCCAGUUGGAACCUGGACCGCGGUCAACGUCAGCCUGGCGGGACGAUUUCUCUUCUUCCUGUCCAAAGACACGCUGCAGAAGAUUUCCCCGUCCCUGCUGAGCCUGAGCCACGUGGAGAGGUUGUUCCUUGAGCAGUCCCAGUGGGAGGCCAGCGAGGUGGGGCUCCACUGUGUGAAGAACACCCCCCAGCUUGAGAGGCAGGCCUGGUUCAGCAAAGAGGAGUUUGUCCUCCAGUACUUCCUCGGGUUCCUUCGGGGAGCAAUAAAUACCCCUGUCCAGUCUACCGUGGUGACGCCCGGCUGUGAGAUUCUACACAGCCUGGCUCCGUCUCUGUGGCCCCCCGACAGCCUGACAUCCAUGACCGACGAGGACUUCUCCAACUGCCUGGAGCUCAUUGGACAGGACCCCUUCCUCCAGCAAUAUCAACGUUCUCCACUGCUGCAGAGGGCCAAGCAGGUGCACGGCCCUGUGUCCUCCCUGCCCUCCACGGUGGUCCCCCAGCUGGGAGGUCUGGCCGUUGCCCUCUCCAGGGCGGAGCUGGCCUCUCUUCGCCUCUCAGAGAUCAGCAGCAUCUCAGCCAUGGGCGCCGUCAGCACUUGGGAACGCACACAGCUGCCUGUGCUUUUCCAAAAUGUGGUGAAAGCCAUCCAAUUGAGUCCUAACCAGCUGGAUUCCAGCACUCUGGUAGCGAUGGGGCACAUUGUUUGUGGAGCAAAUGUCGCUGAAAUACAAACUUUCAAUGCCGCAGAGUUCAGUAAGGCUGUGCUGUGGUUGGGCCAGUUGAGGCUCGCCUGCUCUGGCGAGCAGUUUGGUGCGAUGGUUAGGCUUCUGAGUAAUAGCCUUGCCUUCGGCAUCACCAGUUCCUGGGGGCAAGAAGUGUUCAUAGAGAUAGGCGUUGUGGCAGCUGGACUUCCUGAUAUGUCCAUGUCGGCGCUCGUGAAGGAGCAGCUCGAAGGCAUCACACCCCUGGCUAUUUCACUCAUUCACCCAGAUCAUUUUAAAGUGGUGUUCAGCCCUCUCAAGAUCGGUCAUUUCACCUACGAGCAGGCAGUUGCGGUGACGACGAGGCAGCGUGAGGCGCUGUCUGACGCUCAACUGAAUGCCCUGGCCAUAGUCCUUACGCCCUGGGAUGACCGGCUUCCGAACCCCCGACAGGAAGGGUCAUUUGGGGGGACAGUCAGUCCCACUCAUCUGUGUCUCCUGCUGGGACUGCUGAUCUGGCUGCUCUUCUCUGCCCCCCCCGACCUUGAUCGCCCUGCACCCAGGGCUACCGUUCUCACCUUACCACCGGUCCCACCCUACCUACCAAUACCCGACCCAAACAGCACUUCACACUUCAGUAUUCUAAUGCAUGAGUGGGCUAAUUAUUUUGUCUUUUGUCCUUAAUGUUAUUAUUUGGCUGUAAAUAAUGUCAUCACCUUUGUUCUUGGAAAAGGCGCUACUAAUAUAUUAAGAUAUUUUUGGAUUAAUUUAAUUUAUGUUUCUUUUUCUUUUAACAACUGCAGCAGAGAGAUAAACAGAGAUAAAGGGUGGUCUUAAUAAUAAGCACCGCGUGUUUCGAUUGAUGCAUGUACCAACAGCAUCUGAGAUAUUGCUGGUCUUGUUCAUGUUCCUUGUCCUUCUCAGGGCCGCAAAGCCACACACCAUGGUUGGAAAUAAUACAAUUAAUAAUAUUUUCAAAACCAUAUGAUAGUUUGGGUUGUAAAUCUAGUUUUCUAUUAUCGCAAAAAUGUUUUCUAUUAAUUGAAAGUUCUUUGGUUUGUCUAUAAUAAUAUCCUUAUAUAUCAGUAUUAUAUAUCAUGUGACUCGAUCUAUUGAAAUAAAUGAAAAUCACGACAACCUUUAACAUUAUUCUACACA